UCAGGGCUGAAGAAAAUGUUGGCAAAAAUUACAAGGAGUUCAUUUUACGCUUCACGUGCGGUAGCUCGCUUGUCCGGUUCGAUUCCAACGUCAUCAGCGGCCGUUGCCAGCAAUUGCAGAUAUAUUCAGAUAGAGCGAAAGCGCACGAAACCACACGAGAUGGCUCUUUACGAAACCGUUGAGAAGGGCGCCAAGAAUUCGCCGAGCUACAGCCUGUAUUUCAAAAACAAGUGCGGCAAUGUCAUCUCGCCGAUGCACGACAUUCCACUGUACGCCAACGAGCAGAAUACCAUCUACAACAUGGUGGUGGAGGUGCCACGUUGGACCAACGCCAAAAUGGAGAUUAGCUUGAAGACCCCUAUGAAUCCCAUCAAGCAGGACAUCAAGAAGGGUAAGCUGCGGUUCGUGGCCAACUGCUUUCCGCACAAGGGCUACAUCUGGAACUACGGAGCUCUGCCCCAGACCUGGGAGAACCCCGACCACAUCGAGCCCUCCACCGGCUGCAAGGGCGACAACGAUCCCAUCGAUGUCAUCGAGAUUGGCUACCGUGUGGCCAAGCGCGGCGACGUGCUGAAGGUCAAGGUGCUGGGCACCAUUGCCUUGAUUGACGAGGGCGAAACCGACUGGAAGAUCAUUGCCAUUGAUGUGAACGAUCCGCUGGCUUCCAAGGUCAAUGACAUCUCCGAUGUGGACCAGUACUUCCCGGGUCUGCUUCGUGCCACCGUUGAGUGGUUCAAGAUCUACAAGAUCCCCGAUGGCAAGCCUGAGAAUCAGUUUGCUUUCAACGGCGAUGCCAAGAAUGCGGACUUUGCCAACACCAUCAUUGCCGAGACCCACAAGUUCUGGCAGAACUUGGUGCACCAGAGCCCAGCAACCGGGUCCAUCUCCACCACCAACAUUACCAACCGCAACUCGGAGCACGUCAUUGCCAAGGAGGAGGCCGAGAAGAUACUGUCCGAGGCCCCCGAAGGCGGUCAGGUCGAGGAGGUGUCCGACACAGUCGACACUUGGCAUUUCAUUCAUCUCAAGUGAGAUGUUCUCCUGGGCUGAUUCCAUCACAAGAUCCACGAUCUUUUUGUAGUCUAAUCGAAUCGAAUCGAAAAUGCUUGCACUUGUGAAUUAUUAAUAUUGAAAUAUAUAGUACGUUGAAUAAAGUUUUGCACCGCAAUCAAAUUCGCUGCCGACUCCUCUUGAAAUAUACAAUCUUUAUUUAUAUUUUACGACUAGAUCCAAACAAGUUUAAAUUAAUUAAUAUUUAUGUAAUUGUAGGGCAUUUGCAAUAGUACAUAGAAUCGAAUCGAAUUAUGCCGUGUGGGGUUGCUCAGAUGUGUUUUCCGUUCUAUUGCAGGAGUGCGUGUGUGGGAACGUAGAAUUUAUUGCCGUAACAAAUUAACUUAAGCUUACGAAAUAAAAGAAAUGUACAAAUUAGUUAGGCGUUAUAAAUAUGUAUAGAAAUCUUUAAAAGAAGACAAAAGUAGUUAUAUACAUCAGACAUUUUGAUUCUUGUUCGUUCGUUCGUUUGUUUGUUUGUUUGUUUGUUCUCAUUUUAGUUUCUCGGCAUAAUUUUUCGCUUUUCUUCUGCGCGAAGAACUAAAAGAAAUAAGCAUAAUUCACGUAAUUCACUACAACUAAAAGCUCCACGAGACUGUUUAGUGACAGAUGAUGGAAAUAAUAUAUAGACCAAUUUUAACUUUCCGAUAUAUGUGCGGAUAAGUAGCGUGUAAUAGUUUAGUAAUUGUUUUCAUAAUUUUUUUUCAACAUUUUUGAUCUGCUUUCUCUUGUAGCUAGAUGUUAGCUUAGUUGUUUCUUUAAGUGGUACACAUUCCUCGGGUCGAUCGUUUCCUGGUUGCCAUAGUUUCGUGCCGUGUUCUGCCACAGUUAUCAAUAAUAAUAGUUUUAGUUAAUAGUUUAUAGAAUUAAGUAGCUGCUCGUGCCAGUGACGGUGCCAGAAAAUCCCAGAGAAUCGCUCUUUACUUGCGACCCAGGGUAUCGCGCCAUUCGUUAUACUUGUCCAUCUCCUCGUGCAGCUGAAGAGCCUCUAUGCAGGCGUUGAAGAAGGGCGAUCCGAAGCAUUCUUGCC